AAUAAAUAGAUACAAAUGUUUUAAAGUAACCUUUAUUUGUGAUACAUAAUACGAAGUGGUUGGCUGCAUAAAAUAAAGUGAAUGUAAGCGUAGAUACUUUAAAAUCAUAAACAGAAAAAAAUGGAAAAGGACAAAACGCAAGGACGUCCAAAAUGGGACAACCAAAUCGAGUUCCUUAUGUCCUGCAUCGCUACAUCUGUAGGCCUCGGCAACGUGUGGCGGUUUCCGUUCGUCGCUUACCAGAACGGCGGCGGCGCUUUCCUUAUACCCUACGUUAUUGUCCUAUUACUUAUUGGCAAACCCAUGUAUUACUUGGAGACAGUGCUGGGUCAAUUUAGUAGUAGUAAUUGUGUGAAGAUUUGGGCUCUAUCACCAGCUAUGAAAGGUACGGGAUACGCUCAGGCCCUAGGAGCUGGUUAUGUAUUGUCAUACUACGUUUCUAUCAUUGCUCUAUGUUUAUACUACCUGGCUGUGAGCUUUCAAUCCACGCUGCCAUGGGCUGUAUGUUUAGAUGAGUGGAUAAUUGAAUACAAUUGCAUUGAUGCAAACAGUAAUGUAAAUCCUGAAUUACUUGGGAAUGCAACCAGCAGUACCGAAUUAUAUUUUAAACAUACAGUACUUCGGCAAUUAGAGAGCAUUCACGAUGGUAUUGGAGCUCCGUUAUGGGACUUAUCGCUUUGUUUACUGGCUUCCUGGCUCAUAAUAUUUUUCAUCGUAGCUCGCGGCGUGAAAAGCUCUGGAAAAGCCGCCUAUUUCCUUGCUAUAUUUCCUUAUAUUGUACUCUUCAUAUUAUUAAUCAGAGCUGUUACACUAGAAGGAGCAGGAAAAGGCAUUAUGUUUUUUAUAACACCUGACUGGAACCAAAUUUUAAAAAUCAAGGUAUGGUACGCAGCAGUGACACAGGUAUUUUUCUCCCUUUCUGUGUGUUCAGGCGCCCUCAUCAUGUUUGCUUCCUACAAUGGAUUUAAACAAAAUGUAUAUAGGGAUUCUAUGAUUGUCACCAUUCUGGAUACUUUUACUAGUUUAAUCUCUGGUAUUACAAUAUUCGCCGUACUGGGUAACUUGGCUCAUCAGCUUGGAUACGAUGAUAUUAGUGAAGUAAUCGGUUCAGGCGGAACUAGUCUGGCCUUUAUUUCUUACCCAGAUGCUAUAGCCAAAUCUCCAUUUGCGCCGCAGCUUUUUUCCGUUCUAUUCUUCUUGAUGAUGGGCGUAUUGGGUAUCGGGUCGGGAGUAGCGUUGCUCUCCACUAUAAAUACCAUACUAUCGGAUGCUUUUCCAAAGAUUCCUACCAUUUACAUGGCGACUGUGACCUGUGCUGUUGGUUUCUUUGUAGGACUCGUUUACGUGACGCCGGGCGGACAGUAUAUAUUAGAGUUGGUGGAUUAUUAUGGAGGAACGUUUAUGCGUCUGUUCGCAGCUAUAGCAGAAACUAUUGGAGUAUUCUGGAUUUAUGGUUUGGAGAAUUUGUGCAUAGACAUAGAAUUCAUGCUUGGAAUUAAAACCUCUUUUUAUUGGCGAAUCUGUUGGGCCAUCGUGACACCUCUGAUGAUGAUCGCUGUGUUUAUGUACGCCAUGGUCACUUCAGAAGCUUUGGUGUUUGGUGAUGAUUAUACAUAUACAAAGUCAGCAUACAUUGCUGGUAAUUGUAUGCAAUAUGUGGGGAUGGCCUUGAUUCCUCUAUUUAUUUUUAUAGCAUUUUGGAAAUAUAGAUCUAUUAACUGUGUCGAGACUGUGAUAAAAUCAUUUAGAAAGAAAAGUACAUACGGUCCACAAGAAACUGACCUCCGAUAUAAAUGGAACGAAUUUUGCCAGGAAGCGAAAUAUGACCGCAUAUUAAAACGUAAAAACUGGCCGCAUCACAUUGGAUUAAGUUUAACUGGCAGUUAUCGAAGAAAAUCUUAAAAAUCUAAUUUAAAUAGAAUUAUGCAUCUCAACAUAAUAAACCAAUAUAACUUUUAUUUUAUAUACUUUAAAAGUUUAAGUGAUAUUCGUAAUUU